CCCGAUACCUGCAUAGGUGUAGCCGGUUUCCAGAGGCAGUAAGAAAAGCAAAGCUGAACGAAGAAUGGAUCCUGCCGUCCAGUUAAAACCUGGCGUUACAAAAUGGGAUAUUCGGCAGAAGGUGUGGGAUUACAUAGAAGCCAAUAAUUUAGCUAACUUUCCACGACCGGUUCAUCACAGGAUCCCCAACUUUAAGGGGGCCUACCGCUCCUGCGACCAGCUCGCAAGUCUGGGGGUCCUCCAGCAUGCGAGCGAAGUUAAGGUGGACCCCGAUAAGCCACUAGAGGGAGCUCGCCUCGCUGUCCUGCAGGCAGGCAAAACCUUGCUGGUCCCCACCCCACGCCUCAGGACUGGGCUGUUCAAUAGGAUUGUUCCUCCCCAAAGAGCCACCAAAGAAGACCUCCGCAUCUGCUCCACUUCCCAGGGUGUGAAGCAGUACAGUGUGCCUGUUGGUCUGGAUGCUAAAGUACAUGUGGACUUGGUGGUGGUGGGGUCUGUAGCAGUAUCUGAGAAAGGGUAUCGUAUUGGGAAAGGAGAAGGGUUUGCCGAUAUGGAAUACGCCAUGAUGGUUUCAAUGGGAGCAGUUAAUGAUUCUACAAUCAUCGUUACUGUUGUCCAUGACUGUCAGGUUGUUGAUCUUCCCGAGGAGCUGGUGGAAGGCCACGACCUUACUGUGGACUACAUCCUCACUCCGAGCCGCGUGAUCAAAACAGGUUGCUCUCGGCCCAAACCACAAGGAAUUUUUUGGGCUAAGCUGGAUUCGGACAUGUUGGAUAAGAUACCGAUCCUGAAGAAACUCCGCUACAUGGAACAGAAGGCAGGGAAAGAUGUGACACUGAAGAAGAUGCUUUCCGGGACUGCUGCCUUAGGGGAGAGGCCAUCUGGUGUCCUCACCCACAGCUCUGAGGGCAGAGGCUCCGCUCCAGGGCCGAGGGACAGGGACUCCGCUCCAGGGCCGGGGGACAGAGACUCCGCUCCAGGGCCGGGGGACAGAGACUCCGCUCCAGGGCCGGGGGACAGGGACUCCGCUCCAGGGCCGGGGGACAGAGGCAGGGAUUCGGACUCCAAGGUGAAAAACCCCGGGCAGGACAGGACCUCCACCAUUUACAUUGGCAGCCUUCCUCCCAGCCUGCGAGUGAGAGAGCUGAAGAGCGCCCUGAGGGAGCGCGGCGCCGUGCCUGUACGUCUGAACUGGCAGGGAGCACAGCGCAGGGCCUUCCUGGAUUACAGCGACCAGCAGACCGCAGAGAGAGUUCUGGCUGUUCUGCAGGGGUUUUGUAUAAACGGGAACAGCAUCCGCGCUGAACUGGCAGCGAGUCAGAGAAACAGCUGGAGAGCAGGCCAAGUUCUCAGACGACCCAGAACAACAAGCACUGAAGGUGGUGCUGAAAUCCAGGGUCUUCCAUGAAUGCAGGGUUUUUUCAGCAGUGCAGGAGGGAUGGCAGUCAGGAUGUACAGUGUGAAGAGCUUAUUUGUUUUUCAGAGAACCCUUCCUUUUCCAGGAGGUUUUCAUUAGGGUUUUUCCUUGCUUAACUUUCGUUAACAACCACCGUAUCAUGCAAUGUUGAACUGGAACAGGAUGACGUUUAUCUUUGAUGUUGUGGAGGACGAAAUGGAAUAAUCGAAUUUCUGGGUGAUGAAGGUAGAUCUGCACAACCAGAGCAUGUUGAACUGUGUUGAGGCCGUACCAUAUUAAAGCAACUGUGUUUUUGAUUACUUGGAGUGAAUAUUGUAAUCGGAAUAGCUCUAUCGCUAGUUACCAUCUAGCACAUACCAGUUUAAAACAGAACGUGACUUAGGACAAGCAGAUGGGGAAGUCUUUUCAUUAUUGUAGUUAUUGGUAAAACUUGUUACGUUUGAUAGAAUGUUUUAAGACAUGAAAGCGUUCUUGGGCGCAGUAAAAAAUAAACUUAAGUUGAAUUGAA